AUGCCGUCGAAGAAAUCGAAGAACGAUUCAGAGAAGAAAUCCAUCGCGGAGACAUCAGAUGGUCUGGGUACUACACCAGCCACUACCGGUAGUAAGACCUCGAAGGAAGAUGUUGACGAUAAAAGGUCAUACCUUCGAACUGGAACUAUACCGAAGAGAACAGAUAAUCUCAGUAGUGGAGAGGCCAAGAAGCAGGUCGAGAUUUUAUCCAACGAUAAUGUGAGACGGAACCCUCCGCGCAAGGUUAGAAGAAACCAUUGUCAGUCCUGUGAUGAACCUGACAUCAGUAGAAUGGUGCAGUGUGAUACUUGUGACCUAGGGCAUCAUUUCUCCUGUGUGGAGGUAUCGGCAGGAAUUGCAGAUGUGAGUUGGAUUUGUCCCAUGUGCGAUGUCAUAAAGGACCCAAUCACUCCAUCGGAACAAAAUACUGCCGGUGACCAGAUUCUUAGUAAUUUUGGUAAGGAUAGACUGCCAAAGGACAGGAAAUCGCUGUCCCAGAGCAAGAUGGGUAGCUCGAAGAGUGAGUCAAAAAGACGAAGAGAUCUGGCAUUGCAGAAGCUGGAGGCUGAGUUUAUGCUAGAAAAACGCUAUAUUGAACGUAUGUACGACAUUCUACUAGAAGAUGAAACGGACGCUGCCUCAGUUGUGAGCGAAACCGAUUCCAACAAAAUGUUGAAAAUACAAGACUGGAUAGCUGCUACUGAACGCGUUGGUGAGUUGAAUCUAUCCGAGACUGCUGGAGAAAACCAUAAUAGAAGCGCACCGAACCACUCGGAAGGGCCAUUAGAGAGCCAUGUUUCAAAUUCUCAACGGCACAUAGAUCAACCACCAACCCUACAAGUAAACGAGUUCGUUCCCGGUCAACGGUCCACGCCAAAGCAGUCAGUACCACCAAGGCUGCCUCAGCUAACAGAAAAUGUGAACGAUGAAACUGUGUGCAUAUUGAACCGCAGUCAAAUUGCUGCGCGUCAGGCUAUCUCCAAAGACCUUCCGGAGUUUAGCGGUAGCCCUGAGGACUGGCCUCUAUUUUAUUCAAUGUUUAACACCUCCACUCAGAUGUGCGGUUUCUCUAACGAAGAAAACAUGCUGCGGCUUCGUAAGUGCUUGCGAGGUAAGGCAUUGGAGGCAGUUAGGUGCCGAUUACUUCAUCCAUCGAACGUUUCUGGAGUAUUAUCCACUCUGAAGAUGCUGUAUGGAAGGCCAGAAGCCAUUGUCCAGGCAAUAAUUGGCAAGGUACGAGGCUUACCAUCGCCGAAUAUAGAAAAACUAGAAACGGUUGUCAAUUUCGCAUUGACGGUCGAGAACCUGGUUGCAACGAUUCAGGCCUGCGAAGUGAGUGACUUCGUAUACAAUGUCUCCUUGCGAUAUGAGCUGGUGGAAAGAUUACCACCGACCCUGAAGCUAGACUGGGCCAAGUUUUCUAGAAGUAACCCUACACCGAAUCUCCUUGAUUUCAGCUCGUGGUUAUACUCCACGGCAGAGGAUGCAAGUGCCAUUAUGACAACUCCCAGUCAGGAUCAACGGCCGCGAACAAGCAGAAAGGAUACGUUUCUCAACUAUCAUUCAGCAACGGAUAGCGAGGGCAUAAGGCCCACGAGACCUGUCCAGAAAGCGACAUUUGUUCUCGAAAAAUCGUCCAGCGUUCAGUGCAUAGUAUGCAAAGGGAGCUGUUCAUCACUAACUAACUGUAAACGCUUCGCGGAAUUCAGCUGUGAGUCUAGGUGGGCAGUGGUGAGGGAACGUAAACUAUGCCGAAAAUGCCUCAGGAAGCACAACGGAUCGUGUAACAAGCAAAAAAUAUGUGGUACUGAUGGUUGUUCGUACCUACAUCACCCUCUUCUGCACACUAGUAAAGGUCAGUAUAAUAAAAAAUCAGCCUCAUCGAACGAGCCAUCGACUGUAGUGGGGCAAAACAACGAACCGACGUGUAACGUGCACCAAGGACAAUCGGAAGUUCUCUUUAGAGUUGUUCCUGUUAUUCUGUAUGGACCUUCGAAAACAAUUCGAACACACGCAUUUAUCGAUGAUGGAUCUGAGCUUACGUUGAUAGAACAAUCCCUUGCGGAUGAGCUGGAAUUGAAAGGACCAGCAAAAUCGUUAUGCUUAAAAUGGACGGGUGGUGCGCGGAGGACAGAAAGCUCUUCACAAAGGGUAAGCUUACAAAUUUCCGGAAACGUAGAUUCGACAAAAAAGUACAACCUGUCCUCAAUACAAACAAUUGGAGCGCUGCAAAUUCGACCGCAAACGUUGCUGGUAGAAAACAUGCAGGAGAGAUUCCAGCAUUUACGCGGGCUACCACUAGAAUCAUACCACAAUGUCAGUCCAAGGCUGCUUAUAGGAUUAGAUCACGCAGGCCUCGGAUAUGCUAAAGAGAGUCGAGAAGGUAAACCGAAGGAACCAAUAGCCGUUAAAACGCGCCUCGGAUGGGCCGUAUACGGAAGCUGUGUAGGAGAGGAGAAGGCCUUUCGCUAUGUGAACUAUCAUAGCCUUCAAGUAUGCCAGUGCAAUCUGGAGAUCGAUGGAGCGCUAUACAAAGCAUACGAUAAUGUACGACUACCAGAUAGUGAAGGAGUGGCAUUAAGGCGAUGGCGAUGUCUAGAUAGCCGACUGCGGAAGGAUCCAAUUUUGGCAGAAACUCUUACCACGAAAAUCGACGACUACAUCACCAAAGGUUAUAUUCGGAAAUUAACUGUAGAAGAACUGCGUUUACCUCACACAAGAGUGUGGUAUCUUCCAAUCUUCCCAGUGGAUAACCCGAACAAACCGGGUAAGACAAGGCUGGUGUGGGAUGCAGCUGCAACUGCUCACGGAAUUUCUCUAAACUCGGUACUACUAAAAGGUCCGGACCAGCUAACUUCUUUGCUAACAGUACUAAUACAAUUCCGGGAAUACAAAACGGCGGUGUGUGGAGACAUUCGUGAAAUGUACCAUCAGGUACAGAUUCGUGAGGAUGAUCAGCAUUGCCAACGAUUCUUUUGGAAAGAUAAGCCAGAAGAUCUCCAUCCCAGUGUAUAUAUUAUGAUGGUAAUGACGUUCGGUGCUAGAUGUUCGCCGAGUACUGCACAGUACAUAAAAAACCACAACGCGGAAAGAUUUCAGCAGGACUACCCAGCCGCAGUCCAUGCCAUCACGAAGCAGCACUAUGUCGACGACAUGCUUGUUAGCGUCGAAUCAGAAAAGGAAGCCUUGCAGAUAGCAAACGAUGCAGAACUACACGGAGCCACCGCCGACGAGAAGAACCUAAGUAUCGGCGAUGAAAAUGCCACUGAAAAGGUCCUUGGGAUGUGGUGGGACACUGUGACGGAUCAUUUCACAUACAAGCUGUCUGCACGAUAUGCUCAAGACCUCCUCUCAGGCCAUCAACGACCGACCAAGCGGGAAGUGCUUAGAAUGCUUAUGAUGAUCUUCGAUCCGUUGGGCAUCAUUGCACACUUUCUGAUGUUCCUUAAAGUCCUUUACAGGAGAUCUGGAGAUCCGGGAUCGGCUGGGAUGACCCGAUUGAAGAUGUACACUCCGAGAAGUGGUUACUGUGGCUCAGCGGAUACAGAAGUACAAAUGCAUGCCUUCGUAGACGCUAGCGAAAAUGGCUUUGCUGCGGUAAUUUAUUUACGAUUUCGUCAAGGGGACAUUAUAGAGUGCGCGCAGGUCGGUGCCAAAACGAAAGUGGCACCUCUAAAGUUCCUCUCUAUUCCGCGAUCCGAGCUACAGACCGCAGUGAUCGGCAUGCGCCUCGCGGAAACCAUCACUAAAUCGCUCUCAUUCGAAGUGAUAAAGCGAUUCUUUUGGACUGAUUCUAGAGAUGUGAUAUAUUGGUUGAACUCGGAUCAUCGACGAUACAGCCAAUUUGUUGCAUUUCGUGUCAGCGAGAUCCUGGAUGCAACGAAUGCAGCCGAAUGGUACUGGAUUGGGACAAAACUGAAUGUUGCGGACGAGGGAACUAAGUGGAAAGGAACUCCCAAUCUCGACGCGUCUAACCGCUGGUUUCGAGGUCCAGAGUUUCUCUGGUUUCCGGAAAGAGAAUGGCCAAAAUCUCCAAAACUCGUCGAAUCGUCAACAGUUGAAGAACUUCGUCCUCACCUGCUACUUCAUGUUGCUUCAUGUGAGCCAGUAAUCGAACCGCUGGAUUUCUCUGGAUGGAAAAUACUCUUGCGCCGAGUAGCCUACGUAUUGCGCUACAUCGGAAACCUAAAGCGAAGCGUGAAGAAGAAGAAUCUAAUUUGCGGUCCAUUGAUCAAGCAAGAGUUUGUGAAAGCCGAAUACUAUUUGUUUCGUCUCGCUCAAAGUUUUGCUUACGCCGAUGAAAUUGCUAUUCUCAUGAGGAAUCGCUCUUUAGAAGGACCAAAACGAGAAAUUUCUAGGAACAGCGCUUUGUUCAACAAGUGUGUUGUGUUAGACGAGAACGAUGUCCUUCGAAUCCGUCGUAGAGCACAAAAUAGCCCAUUCAUUCACCAUGAUGCUGCUAAUCCUAUAGUCCUACCACGAGAUCAUCACAUCACACGGCUUAUUAUUGCUGAUGUACAUAAUCGAUUCAACCACCAAAAUCAUCAGACCAUCAUCAAUGAGUUGCGACAGCGCUACAGAAUCCCUCGACUAAAGGCUACAUACAAUAACAUCCGGAGGGAGUGCCAGCAGUGCAAAAUCGACGGUGCAAAUCCUCAACCUCCUGCAAUGUGCGACCUACCGCCGCAGCGUCUGGCUGUAUUCGCUCGUCCAUUCACACACAUGGGCAUAGACUAUUUUGGUCCAAUGCUGGUAUCAAAGGGGAAUACCAGUGAUCGAGGAACGAAUUUCCAGGGAACAAGCAAGGAACUUCAGACCGCAAUCCUAAAUCUCAACCAUGAUCAACUAGCUAAGGAAUUUACCUCAAGCCAUACUCAAUGGUACUUCAUUCCUCCCGCAUCUCCGCAUAUGGGUGGCGCUUGGGAACGUUUGAUCCGCUCCGUCAAACAGAAUCUGCACAAAAUUAAAACCAGUAGGCUGCCUACCGAUGAAGUUUUGGAAAACAUGCUGUUGGAGGUCGAAAAUAUCAUCAAUUCGCGUCCUCUGACCGACAUUCCUGUUGAUGACGAUGAAUCCCCAGUAUUGACUCCGAAUCACUUCCUCUUAGGAUCAUCGAAUGGCCUCAAGUCAUGGGUACCUUACAUUGACAAUCCAAUCGUGCUAAGGAACAGCUGGCAACAGUCGUAG